GAGUCAUGAACGAUUCUGAAGAUAAAAGGAACAACUUGUUUCAGAGUUUCUCCCUUUAUAAAAUCAACGCAACUGCAGAGAGAGACCAGCUACAGACCAGAUACAACAACCUGACUGAAGAGAAAGGUCAUAUUCAGGCAAAGCUUUUUGUGAUAGAGCAGCAUUGUCAGGAGGGAUGGAGAUACUUUGACUACAAGUUCUACUUCCUGUCUACUGAGAAGAAAACCUGGGAGGAGAGCAGACAGGACUGUCUGGAGAGAGGAGCAGACCUGGUGAUCAUAAACAGCAGAGAGGAACAGACAUUUGUCUUCAACCUCCACCUGAGAGCCUGGAUUGGUCUAAGUGACUCUGUUACUGAGGGGACCUGGAAGUGGGUGGACGGCACCCCACUGACCACAGGGUACUGGGGGAAAGGACAGCCUGAUGAUAGAGGGCAAGAGGACUGUGCUGAGAUAUACUAUGGACAAGAUGACCCUGUAAAGACAUGGAAUGAUGACAAAUGUGGCACAAAUCAUAACUGGAUCUGUGAGAAAGUGGUGUAACAAUAACCCACAGUAACAAACAGUCUCUGUCUCUCGCUCUGUUAUUGUUAUGUUGAUGGUUGAAUACAGUACUUUGAUGCGGAAUUUAAUCCCAGUGCAGGAACACCAACGGGCGGAAAUUUCAGAACGCCAACUAUAGUUUUCGAUAAAACUCAAACUUUCAUUAAAACACACAUGCAA